AUAUAUAUAUAUAUAUAUAUAUAUGUAUAACAGUUAGAUGUGUAUUCCUUGUGAAUUAGUUGAUGUUUUGAAGAGAAAGGCGAAAAGAAAGAACCAAACAAUCACCUCUUUCUCCCUUAAUCCAACCCAUCUAAUCACUUUGAUUUCUCUAUAUAUCUGUGUGUGUUUGUGUGUGUGUGUAUGUCGUCUAGAAGAAGCCGAAAACAAUGGAGACCACCAACCAGAUUACAUCACACGUUCUGUUAUUAUUAUUGUUGUUGUUGGUUGUUUGACGGUGAACAAAGUCAACUGUGUUUCUCUUUUCUUUCACAUAUAUUUUUUUGUUUAUUCAAUAUAAUUUUUGUAGGUGGUUAGGUGCGCGCAUACACAACAACAAAACCGGAAGCGAAUUGUGUUUGUGCAUCGCUUCUUUUUUCCGGUUUUGUUAUUGUUGUUUUUAAAAUCUAUUAGGUUUCCUCCUACUUCUCCUCCUCCUCCUCUUCUUUCAUCAUUUUGUUUUGAUUAGUGUAUCAUCAUUCAAACUUUACUUUCAUACAUAGGUAGGUACUACAAUCUUUCUUCCCAUGUGUGUGUGUGUGU